AUGGCAGCCUCUGGGCCACGCGAUCUCUUCGUGGAGGAGUUGGGAGCCAGGGAGCUUCCGAACCUCCAUUUGCCUGGAUCCCGGGUGGAACAGACAGGCAGUGUGACAUGGCAGCAGGACACGGCAGGCAACUGGACACGUCUGGAGGGGUCUGCUACUCGCUCAGAAACCACAUCCAGGGGUGCUGAGGCCCAGCCCAUCACCACUUUGCGGGUCAUAAACCCCAGCAAAGCCACUGGAAACCAGCAGCACCUACAUCGGGAGUUGCUGUUCACCCAUCGCAAAGGCCUGAGCCUUCGUUCCAAGCCAGAGCUGCUCCAGGUUCUAGAGUAUCGGAAUCGGCGCCGGGAUGGGACAGAGGGCGGCUUGAAGCCAUCGCCCCUUGAGCAGGAGCUUCUGCGCUGGCAGCAGAGACGGGAACAGCAUCAACAGCAGGAAGCAACAGGGGAUCCUGGUGGGAGCCAGCCAGAGUUCGUAAAGGUCCGGGAAAAAUUACGAAGGACACCACAGCAACAGGAUCCCUCUCCCCAGCAUGCAGUCCCCUCCCCAGUAUCUAUUCCCUUCCUGUGUCAUCUCACUGACAGAAAGCCCUCCCAGGUCCUGGUCAAGCACUCUCCUGUACCCCUACAGGCUGCAGUUUCACAUCCUCAGGGUUUGCUCAAGGCCUCUAGUCUUACCUCCGUCCCAUCAAAGCAUUCUCGUGCCAAUACAUGA